AUGGCAUCACCGGCUGCGGAAGCCGAGAAGCUUGCGUUUACCACGCUUCCCUGGGAUGGCCAGGGACGCUUUGCAUCCCCGCGGCCGUACUUCACUCGUCUCUGGCAGCAUGCCCGGCGCUUGGGCAUCGCGUGGCCGAAGGACUUCUCCGAGUCUUUGCGAGCUGCCCUCGAUCGUGCCUUAGUGUCGGCACCUCGAUGUGAGCAUGCGGUGCCUCCCGCUGCGCCGGGCCUGCUGCGCGUGCAGCUGACGAAAGAAGGCGAUGUGAGCGUUGCUUUACGCGCCGUGCCGGCUGGGCCAGGGGACGCCUGGAAAGCCAUCUCUGUCGCAGCGCCGUGCUUUGGAAGGCACACCGGCGCAAAGCAUGGAGCAUGGUCGCCUUAUGCAGAGGCCACGGCCGCCGCGCGGAGCUCGGGGGCAGCUGUAGCUCUGCUGAUCCAUGAUGGCUUGGUGGCAGAUGGUGACCGCUGCACGCCGAUGGUUCGGCUGCCUGGAUCAGAGGAGGUGCUGAUUCCAUCCGAGGCUCGGGCUGUGCAUUCCGUCACUCUUGAGCUCCUGGAGCCGAGAUUGGCGCCUUUUCGCGUCCGCCAGGCAGAUAUCCCUCUGGACAUGCUGUGGCAGGCUGAGGAGGUGCUGGUCGUUGGAAGCGGCUUGGGCGUGCGGUCGCUCCUUUCACUGGACGGGCGUCCGCUGGGUUCCGGGCGCCGCCUGGCGUCGACGGCCACGCGAGCGCUAGAGGACAUUCGGCGAAGUGGCUGGAGCGAUGUUGCAGAUGUCGUGUCGGCCGCUGCAGCGACCGCCCCCGAGCAGCGCCUCUGGUCGUCGCCGGUGGACGACGGUUUGCUUCCCGGCCUCGCCGAGACGCUCUCCGCGCGCGGAUUGUGGGGUGCCGGGUCAGGCUGGGCACCAGAUCAGCUGCUUUUACACUCGGGCGGGCCGGUGACAGAUGUGGCCGGCACUUCGUUGCUCGCCGGACCGCCUUCGCUCAGGUUCCUGGCCCUGCAGCCCGAGGUGUGUUUGCCUUCGGGACAGAUAGUGGCAGAGUUCCCAGUGGAUGAGCUGGAAGAUGUCAAUGUGAAGUCCUUGAAGCAAAAGUUGCAGAGUAAGUGUGGAGUGCCGCGAUUCAGACAGCAGCUUGUGAUUGGUGGAGACAUCCUGGAGGAUGACAACAGGCUUGUUUCGCCGCUGGAUGAUGUGCAGCAUUUGCAGCUCAUCUUUGUUCCGUUCAUUAAUGCUUCGAGAGAGCAGCGCGAUGAGCUCAUCAGCAUCAUGGUUGAGGAUGCCGUGACCCUUGCCCAGGUGGAGGAAAUCUUGCAGCGACCACAGGAUCCAGGUUUGGAAGGCAGCGCAAGCGGCCCAGACGAGCCGAUUUUGCCUGUCGUUGUUGCAGCCGAGAGAGGCCACACAGACAUUGUCCGGCUAUUGGCCGAGGCCGCGGCCGACAUAAAUAAGCUCGGUUACCCUUGUGAUACAUUUCAAGGAGGCACCGCUCUCAUGUGGGCAUGUGAGAGCGGUCACUUGGACACUGCUCGUGCGCUCUUGGAGCUAGGGGCCGACGUGGAUAUAUACCAAAACGAAGAACGCGCGACAGCUCUUAUCCGCGCAGCUGAGCAAGCCCAUGUAGACAUUCUGCGCUUGCUUCUAGAGGCCCGAGCACAGGUCAACCAGCAACAGCAACGUGGAAGGACGGCUCUUGUUUGCGCAUGCUUCCUAAACAACCUAGAAGCUGCCCGCGUGCUGGUGGAGGCAGAAGCUGACUUGAAUGUGCAAGACAAUGUCGGCAUGACGGCAUUGGGUUGGACAUCUGGCGCAGGCCAUGUGGAAGUUGUGCGUUUGCUGCUCCAAGCCGGGGCUGCCCCUGCAUUGGAAAGUGAUGUAGGCCUUACUGCUGCUGUGUGUGCAUCCGCGCAGGGCCACUCGGCAAUCGUAGAGUUGCUCCUUGAUGCUUGGGAUGCCUCCAUUAGUGGUCCAGAUCUGAUAACCGCCAUUGCUGCCGCAUCCAUUAUGGGCCGAAUGCAGACCCUACAGCUCCUACUGGAGGUGAGAGGCGGCCAAGACGUGCCAGACUAUGCAAGAUGUGUCGCCGUGAGCUGCACUUCAGCGAAAGGUCAUGUGGAAAUACUCCGAAAGCUCUUGCAGGUAGGGGGGGGCACAAGCCGCCAACACACUGACGACACCCUAGCAUUUUUGAGUGCUGUUGAUCGUGGACACGUAGCGUCAGCACGAGUAUUGUUGGACAAUGGACUUCCGAAUGCUGCAGGUCCUGCUGGGCUUCAGGCCCUCGUCUCCGCAGCACUCCGUGGGUAUGACCAAAUGGUAGACUUACUCCUGCAGUCUCAGGCUGGCAAAGAUCUUGUUAAUGCUGGUGGCAGCCGGGCCAUCGCGUUCAUUUGCGCAGGAAGUCAAGGCCAUGCAGGGCUUGCGGGUUGGCUGGUUCAGUCGCACCGUGUCGUACGUCAGGAGAUGAAGUGGUGCGACGUCGAGCACAUGAGAUUGCUUCAUUUCGUCGUGCACGGGAGGAAGUAA